CGGCGAUGCCGUCGCCGCCGUGAGGUCGUGCUGAUCGCACGGCCCCUUGCCCACCUGCACGCCGCUUCCCGCAAGAAAGAUGGCCGCGGCCUGAGCCGACGGUCGGCGGCGUCGCGGGCGCUGCGCUCUCCGGACCCGGCGCGGGGAGCGAGGCCGGAGCAAAGGACAGUCUGUGCACACACGUGUGUUUUUAUGACUGCAAUUAAGGGAGUCAACAAACACCAGCAGGAAGUUGUCCUGGCUCUUUACCCAGUGCUUCCCUGACAAGACUGUUAACUGCUUGUCCUCAGCCUGCGGCUCUGCUGGGGACACGGAGCUCUCUGCGGCGCCCGGGCUUGGUUUGGAGCCGUGACUUCACUUGCUUCUCUGUGCCCCCAGCCGCCAGCCCACACCUUGAAGCCGUCCCACCGUCCGGGCCCCACAGCAAUGGCAUCCAGGCAGGCUCCCCUCUGUGGCCUGGCUCCGCGGUGCCUCUGGCUCCUGGGCGUGGUCCUUCUGGUGGACGUGUCUGCACGGCCCGCCAACCACUCUUCUGCUCGGGAGAGAGCCGCCAACAGGGAGCAGAACGAGAUCCUGCCCCCAGACCACCUGAACGGCGUGAAGCUGGAGAUGGACGGGCACCUCAACAAGGACUUCCACCAGGAGGUCUUCCUGGGCAAGGACGUGGACGGGUUUGAGGAGGACGCAGAACCACGCAGGAGCCGCAGGAAGCUGAUGGUCAUCUUCUCCAAGGUGGACGUGAACACCGACCGGAGGAUCAGCGCCAAGGAGAUGCAGCGCUGGAUCAUGGAGAAGACGGCCGAGCACUUCCAGGAGGCCGUCAAGGAGAACAGGGUGCACUUCCGCGCCGUGGACCCCGACGGCGACGGCCGCGUGUCGUGGGACGAGUACAAGGUGAAGUUUUUGGCGAGCAAAGGCCACGACGAGCGGGAGGUUGCCGACGCCAUCAGAAACAACGCAGAGCUCAAAGUCGACGAGGAGACACAGGAAGUCCUUGAGAACCUCAAGGACCGCUGGUACCAGGCGGACAACCCCCCCGCGGACUUGCUGCUGACCGAGGACGAGUUCCUGUCCUUUCUGCACCCGGAGCACAGCCGGGGCAUGCUCAAGUUCAUGGUCAAGGAGAUUGUCCGAGACCUGGACCAGGACGGUGACAAGCAGCUGUCCCUGCCCGAGUUCGUGUCCCUGCCUGUGGGCACCGUGGAGAACCAGCAGGGCCAGGACGUGGACGACAGCUGGGUGCGAGACAGGAGGAAAGAGUUCGAGGAGCUGAUCGACUCCAACCACGAUGGGAUCGUGACCCCCGAGGAGCUGGAGAACUACAUGGACCCCAUGAACGAGUUCAACGCCCUCAACGAGGCCAAGCAGAUGAUCGCCAUCGCGGACGAGAACCAGAACCACCACCUGGAGCCCGAGGAGGUUCUCAAGUACAGCGAGUUCUUCACGGGCAGCAAGCUGAUGGACUACGCCCGCAGCGUGCACGAGGAGUUCUGAGCCACCCGCGGCCCCUGGGCUCCUUCCUGACCCUGCACAGCCCCGAGGGAGGCGCUGGGUCGGCGGUGACUCCGAGCCUCCUGCUGCCCCCUCACGGCAGGGCCGGUUCAUUAAAGAUGUGCUGCUGCCGCCCGUGCCCUGCCGCCUCCAGCCCCGCCAGCCCCGCCCCGAGCCACGGGGCUGCAGCAGCACAGUGCUCAGCGGCGUCUCUGUCCUGCGGUCCCUUGAAAUCGCUGCAUCUCCCUUCUGAGAACCGCUUCAAGCUGCUCCGCCGAAGGCACUGACCACAUCAGGGCAGGAGGCCCUGGGCUGGGCCCCUGCGAGGGCCGGCGGGUUACGCACCUCCUGCCAUUUCCUUGAAAACUGAGAUUCAACAGAACCAGGUGUGCUGAGCUGGCCGAGCAGCCAGGAAGUUCGGGGCAGGACGCCUGCUCCUUCCCAGGGCCUGGGUGUGUCUUGGGGUGGGGUCUGCCCUGGCACGGCAAAACCACCCUGAGAAAACGCAAAUGUUUGUUGUAACAGGAAUCACAUUGCUUACUUUGAAAUAUAGUUGUCUUUUUCUCUCA